AUGUCUAACUCUGUCCCUGUUGCCAACGCCUUGAGCGACAUUUAUCCUCAGGAUGCGCUCGCUGAACAAGGACCGCGAUGGAACAACCUCCUCACCAAGUUUGAGUCCACCUACGGCCAUGCUGCUUCCUUCGUCGCUCGCUCCCCUGGACGAGUAAACAUCAUUGGAGAGCACAUUGACUACUCUCUGUACUCGGUGCUGCCCAUGGCCAUCACCGCUGACACCCUCCUCGCUGUCUCUGCUACACCUGCCGCCAGCGACGCCAAGUCGUUUCGCAUUCGCAUUGCCAAUGUGGAGGACGACAGGUUCGAGGCCGCAGACUUUGAGGUCCCCUUUGAUGGCGAAGUUUCGAUCGACGCAACUAAGCUUGAAUGGACCAACUACUUCAAGAGUGGUCUGAGAGGUGUGAUGGAUCUGCUCAGGAAGAAGCAUGGCAAGGAUUUUAAGCCAUGUAAUAUGGAACUUCUUAUGGAUGGUACUGUCCCUGUUGGCGGAGGACUAAGCUCUAGCGCUGCUGUCGUCAGCACAAGUUCGCUGGCCAUCAUGUUGGCCAAUGGCGAGAAGACGGUGGACAAGACUGAGUUGACCGAGCUUGCCAUUGUGAAUGAGCGUGCUGUGGGAGUCAACUCGGGAGGCAUGGACCAAGCAGCCUCGGUCUUUUCUGAGAAGGGCGCGGCUACCUUUGUCUCAUUCAACCCGAGCCUGAAAGCCCAACCUGUCCACUUCCCUCCCACAAACCCUGAAAUCACAUUUGUCAUUGUGCAAUCUUUCGUUACAUCAAACAAGCAGGUCACUGGCCCCAUCCACUACAACCUACGCGUAGUCGAGUGUAGCAUUGCCGCAUCCUACCUCAACGCCGUCCUCAACCCCCCCGGAACUCUGCUUCCGGAGGAUGCAGGGCCCCUGGGAGUUAGUCUCGGAGGUUUCCAUGAUACUUUCUUUUACCACCUGAACGGCUCAGAUUACUCCGCCGCCAAGACACUUACCAAGGAGGAGGAACUGGAGAAGCUAAUCGAGAUUACCGAAAAGACACUUACACAAGAGGAGGGCUAUACGAGGGAGGAGGUUGCCAAGGUACUGAAUGUUACAGUAGAGGACCUGGAGAAGCGCUUCAUGUCCAAGCUCCCCGUGCGUGCCGAACGCUUCAAGCUGCGCCAGCGUGCCCUGCACGUCUUUCGAGAGGCUCACCGCGUUAUUCGUUUUAUGAAGCUCCUCGAGAACCCUGUUCACACUGGCGCCUCGGAUACGACCAAGUUCAACACAGAACUAGGCUCGCUAUUGAACGAGACGCAAGCAUCAUGCCGCGACCUUUACGAGUGCAGCUCCCCUGAGUUGGAUGAGAUCUGUGCCAUCUCUCUUCGGGAAGGCUCGUACGGAGCGCGAGUGACUGGUGCUGGAUGGGGAGGUUGCAGUGUGCACAUGGUGCCGGCGGAUAAAGUAGCGGCAGUGACUCGCGCCCUGGAAAAGGAGUAUUUUGCCAAAAGGGACCUUACGGAAGAUCAGAAGAAGGGGUCAGUGGUGGUGAGCAGGCCGGCGACAGGAAGUGCCAUCUACUACGUCCAAAACGGUGUGAAGCCGUGA